AUGGCUUUUUACAAUUUUGAAUAUUUUCUACUAAUACUCUGUAUAUCGUGUGUUGCCAAUGGACAACGUACGCCUACGAUUUCCCACAUAACUCAACAACAAAUUAGAGAUAUUGGAGGGCAAGUUGAUUUGGACUGUUCUGUGCAUUAUGCAAACGAGUACCCCGUGCUUUGGCUCAAACAUGACCGUCUAAGAUCUCAAGAGAUACUCCCGCUUUCCUCCAACUCUGGUUUGAUUAUACGCGAUUCAAGAUUUUCGCUAAGAUUCGACGCAGCAUCCGCAACUUAUACUCUUUCAAUCAAAGAUAUCCAAGAAACAGAUGCUGGAUGGUAUCAGUGCCAAGUGCUGAUAUCUGUCAGCAACAAAAUAACAGCUGAAGUGGAACUGCAAGUGCGAAGACCACCAAUCAUAUCCGAUAACUCCACACGUUCUAUUGUGGCUAGUGAAGGAGAGAGUGCUCAAAUGGAAUGCUAUGCCGGGGGAUUCCCCCCACCAAAGGUCUCUUGGCGUCGUGAAAACAAUGCCAUUUUGCCCACCGGUGGAUCCAUAUAUCGCGGAAACAUCCUAAAGAUCACAGCUGUACACAAAGAAGAUAGAGGCACAUAUUACUGUGUAGCGGAGAAUGGUGUGGGCAAAGGUGCCCGCAGGAACAUUAACUUGGAGGUUGAAUUUGCACCAGUUGUGACAGUCCCACGCCCACGCUUGGGUCAAGCCCUUCAGUACGAUAUGGACUUGGAAUGUCACGUGGAAGCAUAUCCACCACCGGCCAUCGUCUGGGUCAAAGAUUCUGUGGCUUUAUCUAACAAUCAACAUUAUAGGAUAUCUCACUUCGCAACAGCAGACGAGUUCACAGACACGACCCUCAGAGUGAUAACUAUUGAGAAACGUCAGUACGGACUGUUCACUUGCAAGGCGAAAAAUAAGCUGGGCUCUGCCGAAGGAGACGUAGAACUGUUUGAAACGAUUAUCCCCGUGUGUCCGCCCGCGUGUGGGCAGGCGCGCUAUGGGGGCGCUGCCGCCAUACAAGUGGACCUGGUGAUGGGGGUCGUGUUGGUGUUCGCUGUUAUGAGAAUCGCCAAUACCAGACAU